AGAGGGAUUUUCCCCUAUCAUGUAAAAGUUUAUUAUAUGUGUCGUCAUUUGCAUGCAAACUAUAAAUAAUACAUUCAGGAAAAUCGCAUGUUUAAUUGCGCUCAGAGAUAUCCAUUGUUUUCUAAUUUAGCUUCCUUGGCGACAGCGCGCUGGCUUUGUCAAUACCCCUAUUUCCUAGUAAUGGAGAAACUAUGGAACCAAAUAGAGGGCAGCGCUCAAGAUAAUAAAUAUUAGAAUAAAAGAAGCGCUUUUUAUUUCACAUAUGACAAAAUGUCUGUGGCAUUUUCAUCGGCGCGCCCCAGGAGUAAAGGGGAGGUGACACAGCAAACGAUUCAAAAGAUGUUGGAUGAAAAUCAUCAUUUAAUACAAUGUAUAAUGGAUUACCAAAGCAAAGGGAAGACAGCCGAAUGCACACAGUAUCAGCAGAUCCUGCACAGAAAUCUUGUUUACUUGGCCACAAUAGCAGAUUCAAAUCAGAACAUGCAGUCACUACUUCCUGCGCCUCCCACUCCCAAUAUGUCAAUGGGCUCUGGAGGGAUGGGUCAGAGUGGAGGACAUGCUCCAAGCAACCUCAGUGACACCAUGGCACCUGGAUUGCCCCCCACAUCGAUGAUGCAGAGCCAAAUGAACAAUGGCCCCAGCCAUGCCCCCAUGCAGCAGCAGUCUGUUCAGGUGCAGUCGGCUAUUCCCUCCACAUCCCUCAGCCUGCCAGCCAGCAGCUACGGUAGCUCGGCCUCAGCCUCCGGCUACAGCCAUGCUGCACCUUCCUCCCAGGGCAGCAUGAUCCAGGGCCCUGGUCCUGGUUAUGGUUCUUCCUCUUCCUCCACAUCCUCCUCUUCCUCCUCCUCCUCCCGCAGCAACCUCAACAUGCAGUCCAACCAAGUCUCCAUGAUGCACCAACAAUCUGCCACUCCGCACUACUCCUCAGCCCAGGCUGGGGGCCAACACUAUCAGGGACAGCAGACCAUGGGCAUGAUGGGUCAGGGCAGUCAAGGAAACAGUAUGAUGUCUCAGAGGCCCAUUGGGUCCUACCGCUCUUCACAGCAAGGAUCUGCACAGCAGUACAUGGGACAAGACGAGUUCUACGGAGAGCAGUAUGGACACACUCAGAGCUCCAGCGAGCCCAUAAACCAGCAGUAUUACCCUGAUGGUCAUGGGGAGUACUCUUAUCAACAGUCCUCAUAUGGUGAGCAAGGCUACGACAGGUCCUUUGACGAAUCUUCACAGCAUUACUAUGAAGGAGGUAACUCUCAGUACAGUCAACAGCAGGCCCAGUAUCAGCAGAGCUCUGGCCAGCAGCAGCCCUUCAGCCAGCAGCAGUACUCCUCUCAACAAGGCUACACAGGGCAGCCACAGGGAUAUGGACCUGGCCAGGGUGCAUCCUCCCAGUAUUCUCAGUAUCAACAGGGUCAAAGCCAACAGUAUGGCUCCUACCGCUCCUCCCAGGUAGGCCCUGGAGCACAGACGCAGAGGCCCUAUGCCUAUGAACAGGGUCAGUAUGGAAAUUAUCAGCAAUAAAGUACCACAUCGUUCUCCUGUUGGAAGAAAAUGAGAUGUGCUGUGCUCAGCUGUGGAUUAGAAGAUCUGGCUGCAUUUGAUUUAUCAUCCUUUCAUAAAUCAUUAAUCAUCAUUUUUGCUGAGAAAAAAAAGUCAAAUGUGUUGCUUUUUAAAAAAAAAUUGUUCCUGAUAGAUGAAGUGCUACUGGUCACCCUGCAAACAGUCAGGGUGCUUGUAGAAUCAAGGCAGUUGAUGUAAACCUUCCAUAUGGAUUAAAUAACGUACUGAAAAAGAAGCAGUAAAGUCGUUAGCUAAGCCUCAGCAACCUGCCUAUAUCCUUAUCUUUUUUCUGUCUUUGCCUUUCUCUUGUCUUUGUCCUAUCCCCUGCUUUUAUUGUUUACUUUACUUUACAAGCCUCUUUUUUAUUCUUCUUUUUUUGGUGCACAGAGAAUGUCUGUGGUUUGUGAGACCGGAGCUAUAAAAAGCAAAUUGGCCUUGAGGGAAAUGCUCCUUGAUAUUUAUCUAAUAGACAAGGUCCAGCUUUUGGUUUAAUUGCUAGUAGAGACACUGUUAUAUCUCACAAUAAUAGAAAUUCAUUUUAUGAAGGUGAAAAUGUUGGUCCUUAAACCUGACUUGAUCAGGGAGGUUUGUCUGUGUUAGUCAAACUGUGAUGUGUUGCUGUGUGGUCUAACAUUAUGUGUUUUCACUCUCUACAUAUGUCUACACAAUAGAUAGCUGACUGAUCAGGAUUUAAAAGUGUUUAUCAUUGUCCAUGAUAAUCAUACAUUGUGGUAGUAUUUUUGACACUAUAUUUUCAGUGGCAUUGCUCCGCACAGACAUACAGCAUAGUUAUUGUGCAGAGCCAAGAGGAGUUACACUGCUCUGAUGCCAUUCAGUGAGGUUUCUACAUGAAAAGACAUUGCCACUUUGUCUGCACUUUAUUUUGCAGUGACAGUAUAUGUAUUGUUUGAUAUUUCAUAUUGUAGUGCAAUUUAGGCUGUUUUUUUUUUUUUUUUUUUUUUCUUUUUACAAAUGAUCCUCAAAAAGCCAAAGUAACACAGGAACAGAACAGUAUCGUGUCCUGCACCUCUACUUCAAUAAGUGCAAUACACUCAGUCAGUCAUGUUGAGGUUGGUUCUUAUGGUGAACUUACAUUUUAUGUCAUUAUUUGUAGUUUCUUGACAUAUAAUGAUGGCAAAGACUAUGGCUGGUUUGUCUUAUGUUAUCAAAUGUUAUGUUGUGGGUUUCAGCUGACAUAUCAUAUUUAAGAAAAUUAUUUUAUGUAUUUAUGUGACAUGAACAGAUUAUUCGAAGUCUUUCGUCACAAACAUAAAGUGUACUACUUCAUUUUUUUCAGUGCAGAUUUUAUUAUCAACUAUCUGUAUUGUAUUAGAUGAAUGAAAUAAUGUUAAAAAUAAGACAAAGGGUAUAGAAGGUUUGUUUUUAAUUGGUAUACAAGCACACUUGCCUUAUUUUUACAUAUUUAUUUGUUAGUUCAUUAUCUAUCUAUCUAUCUAUCUAUCUAUCUAUCUAUCUAUCUAUCUAUCUAUCUAUCUAUCUAUCUAUCUAAAAUAGGUCAGACACACCUCUGGUCAUUUCAUUUAUCACUGUUUCUUACAGUUUGAUCAGUAAUAAGGAUUAUCAGUGUGACUGUGAGGGUUCAGCUUUGCAGUAUAUCCUGUAGUAACUCAACUUACCUCAGAGGGGUAAAUUAACACAAUAGUUGCAGUCAUGUUGCAGGGUUAAUCAGGAAUGGGAGAUAUCUGGCUGUCAAACAGCUAAAUAACUAUGUACCACUCAACAGUGACAAUCAGUGACAGGCUUCUCUAUACUACAAUGAAUCUGUGUCAGCGUUUCAUUUUACUGUGACCUGAACAUGUAUGGCAAUUCUUUUCCAGUUCUCUGUAGUGUGUAAUCACUGAUGUGAGUGGUACGCCUUGUUUGUUUGUUUGUUUGUGUGUGUGUGUGUGUGCGUGCGUGUGCGCGUGUGUGUUUGUGUAUGUAUGUUUGCAGGUAUGCCAGGGAGAGCGAAAGAGAGACAGUGAGCAAGAGGAAGUUAAGCUUGCUGUGUAUAGUCCAAAUAUGAAUGUUAUCUACUCAUCUAUUGUAAGACUGCAUUGCCUGAUCUUUUCUGCUGUCUUUUGUUACUGUUUGUUAUAUAAAAAAUAAACUGACAUUCACCUUU